AUGUCAGCCAACGCACCCCUCCACAUCGCCUGGCGCGGCGUCCCCUUCACCCUCUAUGAAUGUCAACUCGCCUGCGCCCUAAAAAUCUACGUCAAAUUCGAAGACGGCACAAUUCCCGACGAUCAAACGAUCGGGCAAGUAAUCGGAACAUCGAGCGGCCUUCAAAACAUGGACUGUGGCGGCUUGGUCGCGCACUUACGGGCCACGAACGACAUAUACCCCGAAAUGCUUGCCGGCGGUGAGCCGACGGCCAUCUGGGCAACAAAUGUGUGGAACUCGUGGCUGGAUCCGUGCGCAGGUCCGGCCGCCGGGCUAGCUACCACAUGGGAUCGAGAUGGAAAUGGUGGAUGGACGGGAUCGUCUGGCUUGGAGACCGCUGUUUGUGAUAGCUUGGAGGAGAGUAGUGUGCUCGCAUGA